CACCAACUGGAUGCCUUCACUUUUCUUGCUCUCCAGUCAGGUCUCAAAGGCCCCUAGAUGAUUUCCAGCUACGACCAUCUGUCGAUUUCCCUAUCCGAGUAGCCUGAUUAGUGAGCCUUUUGCCCGCCAUCUCGAACAUUUUCUGAUUAGAUAUACCUCCAUCUCACACAAGCAAGCAGCCAUGGGUACUCUCGGAGAAGGGCCGGUGCUGACUCGGAUUCACACGUUCCCCGAGCAUCUGUCGGUGCACGAGGCGCUGGAGCGCGUGAACGAGCGCGUGGCGGACGACGACAUCAUCGUGGAGGACGAGGAGCUGCUCGCCAACUCGCUGCUCUCCAUCCUGCGCGAGCUCGAAGGCGACGACAUCGCGGAAGCAGUGGAGACGGUGUACGGGCUGUCGGCGCAGUACAACCGCAGCAGCGACCCCGCGGACCUGGAGCGCCUGCAGGCCGUUAUCGCGUCGCUCGACCCCGCCGCAUCCAUCCUGUGCGCCUCCGCGCUCUCGCACAUGCUAACGUUCCACAACGUCGCCGAGGGAGUGCAGAUGGCGUACCGGCAGCGGAAGGUGAGUGAGCGGCACGGCGCGAUUGAGGACGAGGGCAGCGCGCUGACGGAGUCGUCCAUCACGGAGACGUUUGAGAAGCUGCGCGCGCAGGGGCUCACCGUGGACGACAUCUACCAGGCGCUGUGCCGCCAGCGCGUGGACAUCGUGCUCACCGCGCACCCCACGCAGUCCAUCCGCCGCUCGCUGCUGCAGAAACACGCCAGGAUCCGGCACCUGCUGGUGAAGAGGCGCGAGGAGAAGAUGUCACCGGAGAGGAAGGAGGAGCUGGAGGAGGCCAUCAGGAGCGAGAUCCAGGCGGCGUGGCGGACGGACGAGAUUCGGCGGUCGCAGCCUUCGCCGCAGGACGAGAUGCGGGGUGGCAUGAGCUACAUGCACGAGACCAUCUGGCCGGGCGUGCCGCGCUUCCUGCGCCGCGUCGACACGGCGCUGCGCCACCUGGGCGUGCAGCACCGCCUGCCGUACCGCCUCCCCAUCAUCGCCUUCUCCUCCUGGAUGGGCGGCGACCGCGACGGCAACCCGCGGGUGACGGCAGCGGUGACCCAGGACGUGGUGUACCUGUCGCGCCUCAUGGUCACCAACCUCUACAUCACGCAGAUCGAAGCCCUCAUCUUCGACUUGUCCAUGUGGCGUGCGAGUGCAGAGCUGAAGCAGCGGGCAGUGGAGGUGUGCGCAGGGGCCAAGAAGCACUCAGGGCAUUACAUUGAGUUCUGGAAGGACAUCCCGGAGCACGAGCCGUACCGCGUCGUGCUGGGCGAGGUGCGCGACAAGCUCUGGAACACGCGCGACCACAUCCAGCACCUCAUGGCGCGCGGCCACUCCGAGUUCAGCCCCCAAGACAUUUACACUGACCCCGAACAGCUGAUGGAGCCCCUGGAGCUGUGCUACAAGUCGCUGUGCUCGGUGGGCGAUGCAGCCAUAGCAGACAGCAAGCUGCUCGACAUGCUACGCCAGGUGGCAUGUUUUGGGCUGUCGCUGGUGCGGCUGGACAUUCGGCAGGAGGGCGCGCGGCACACCGAGGCGUUGGACGCCAUCACAGCGCACCUGGGGCAGGGCGCGUACAGCCAGUGGCCGGAGCAGCAGCGCCUGGACUGGCUCAUGCACGAGUUGCAGAGCCGCCGCCCGCUGUUUGGGGAGGACCUGGUGGAGGCGGCGAGUGGGGAGGUGCGCGAGGUGCUGGCCACGUUCCGCACGCUGGCGGGGCUGCCGCGCGACUCGCUGGGCGCAUACGUCAUCUCCAUGGCCACCAGCGCGUCGCACGUGCUCGAGGUGCAGCUGCUGCAGCGCGCCGCGGGGGUGAAGCGGCCGCUGCGCGUGGUGCCGCUGUUUGAGCGGCUGGACGACCUGAGCAAUGCGCCCGCCGUGCUGGAGCAGCUCUUCAGCCUGCCGCUGUACCGCGCGUCGCUGGAGGGCGGCGUGCAGGAGAUCAUGAUCGGGUACUCCGACUCGGGCAAGGACGCGGGGCGCCUGGGCGCGGCGUGGGCGCUGUACAAGGCGCAGGCGCGCGUGGUGGAGGUGGCGCGCGCGCACGGCGUGCAGCUGAGCAUCUUCCAUGGCAGGGGGGGCACGGUGGGGCGCGGGGGCGGGCCCACGCAUCUGGCCAUUCUGUCGCAGCCGCCGGGCACGGUGAACGGGCGGCUGCGAGUGACGGUGCAGGGCGAGGUGAUCGAGCAGUCGUUCGGCGAGGAGCACCUGUGCUUCCGCACGCUGCAGCGCUUCACCGCCGCCACGCUCGACCACACCCUCAACCCGCCGUGCGUGCCGCUGCCGCAGUGGGAGGCGCUCAUGGAGCGCAUGGCACCGCUGUCCACCGCGGAGUACCGCUCUGUGGUGUUCCAGCACCCGCGGUUCGUGGAGCUGUUCCGCUCCGUGACCCCCGAGACCGAGUUCUCCCGCAUGAACAUCGGCAGCCGCCCAAGCAAGCGCCGCGCGGGUGGCGGAGUGGAGACGCUGCGCGCCAUCCCGUGGAUCUUUGCGUGGACGCAGACGCGCUUCCACCUGCCCGUGUGGCUGGGGCUGGCAGCGGCGCUGUGCGGCGUGGUGGAGGAGGACCCGCGUGCGCUGGACGAGCUGCAGCGCAUGUACCAGCAGUGGCCCUUCUUCCGCGUCACCCUCGACCUCCUCCAAAUGGUUUUCGCCAAAGGCGACCCCCGCGUCGCCCGCCUCUACCAGCAAGAGCUCGCCCCGCCCGACCUGCAGCAGCUCGGGGAUGAGCUGCAGAAAAAGUACGAGGAGAGCAAGAAGCUGGUACUGCAGGUGUGCGGGCACAAGGUGCCUCUGGAGAGCAUUCCCACCCUGCGGCAGCGCCUGCUCAUGCGAGAGCCGUACAUCACUCCGCUCAAUGUCAUGCAAGUGCUCACACUCAAGAAGAUGCGGCAGGAGGAGCAGAAAACAAGUGUCGAGGGAGCAGCCACGGCUGAAGAGGGCGCAUCGGAGGGAGGGAAGAGUGGUGGGGAAGGAGAGAAACGAGGAAAGUUUUCGUCGCUCGUUGACUCGGGUGAGGCUUCGCCAGCACGCGGGCUGACAAAGGCGCACUCGUCUGACGUGGUUGGCCGGAAUCCAUCCAGUGCAUAUGCCCCAGGGCUGGAAGACACUUUGAUCAUCACAAUGAAGGGGAUUGCUGCAGGCAUGCAGAACACUGGGUAGAGGGGUGACUUGGGACACAUGUUCUUACGGUCUCGCUCAUUCUCACACUCGCCCAUUCUCAGACUCGCCCAUUCUCAGACUCGCCCAUUCCCAGACGCACUAGCUACAGUACAGUGCAAUUUUGACGCGAAGUUGUUCAAUCCGGUUUUAGGAGAGUGUCACGAGUCUGGGAAGGGUCUGGUCUGAGCAGAGGCCGAAGCAAAUUGCCUAGUUCAGGUUACAAUGGGCACACUAAUCUAACAUUUCUCAGAAUAGUAGCAAAGUGACUAGAACAGGCAGUACAAACAAGGUGUGAUAUAUUAAGACUAGAAAGAAUGAUUAGAAGAAUGGAGAAUAGGGGAUAUAUAGCGUUUGGGUUGUACCCACUAAAAACAUAAGCUUUUA